UGUCAGCUGAUACACCGUCAAGAUUUGUUCUAUUAAAAACAGUUGUUUUGUGUUAAAUCUUUUCCAUUACCUUUAUUCCUCCCGUAACGAUGGCUCUUCAUUCCGCAGGGAAGGGUAAACUUAUUGCAGUGAUUGGAGAUGAGGAUACGUGCGUAGGAUUUCUCCUGGGUGGAGUUGGCGAGAUUAAUAAGCACCGUCAACCCAAUUUUAUGGUUGUUGAUAAAAAUACACCAGUAAUUGAUAUAGAAGACACAUUUAAACGUUUUAUUAAGCGAGAUGAUAUUGAUAUUAUCCAAAUAAUAACAAUAUAUGUUGCAGAAAUGAUACGCCAUGUAAUUGACAGUCAUACACAACCAAUACCAUCGGUCUUAGAAAUUCCCAGUAAAGAUCAUCCAUAUGAUGCCAGUAAAGACUCUAUUUUAAGACGUGCUAAGGGAAUGUUUAAUCCAGAAGAUAUACAUUAAUCUGUGUAUAUAAAAUGUUAAGUCAUAUAAAAAGAAAACAUAAAAAUUUAUGACUUGUAUGGUAUUUGUUAAUCCUGUAUGUAAUGUUACUGUGUUAUUAUAGUCUACGUAUAAAGAAUAGACAUGUGUCCAACAUUCCAGUAUUUAUUCUACAUUUCAUUAGCUUACUAAUUAUUUAAUUUCCUUAUGAAAUUUGUGUAUAAAUCGCAAUCUGUAUAGAUACAUGUUAUUACAUCAAUUUUAA